UAAUUUGCCUGGCUACUAUGUAUACCAAAUAAAACGAAAAUAAAAUGUAAUAAUUGUGAAGUAAAUAAUGUCAUAAUUCUUCGUCUUCCUCGUUCACCAUUCACCACGAACAUAAUAACAAAUUACCACGCGGAGAUCGAAACGUAAACAAUGGAACUCAGCAAAAAGUCAAAGAAAUCGAAGAACUCCAAGAAAUCGAAGGAUCCCAAGGACUCGGCCGUUUCGCUCAAAUUGACUGCUCUACACCGCAAGCAAAAGGAGGUGGCCCGCGUGCUUACGCUUAAACACGACAUUUUACUUAAGUCGGGAGUGUCCUACUUGGAAUACCUGGAAAUCCGGGCAGAAAUUGAGAGACUCAAUGGCUUGAAGGAGACAUUUUUGCGGCGUGUUGACAAGUUGAAACAACAAGACAAAUAGUAUAGGGACGUGAGUUUAUUUUAAGAAAACAACAUAAAUGUAAUGAAAUCAGUCUGAACAACGUAUUUAAGUUUUGAGAAACAUAUAUUCAAUAAACAUAUGCUUUUACAGAA